AUAUUCCUCGAAUUAAAUUUCAUUUGGCUCAUAUGAGCUCAAAUGAAAUUAAUCGAAUCGAACCAAACGGGAGCACUGCUUUGCACGUGGCAUGUUAUCAUCACAAUGCGGGUGCUGUCUACCUUUUGUUAAGAUUUGGUGCCUUAGGUUCGAUUAAAAACAGGCACGAUCUCACUCCAUAUGAAGAGACAACCUCAUUUCGUAUUAAGGAACUUCUCCUGAACACUGGUCAAGCAUCUUUGAUUGAUUGGACAUUUGUAGAUCCACCGACACGCGAAAUGAAGCAAAAGUUCGAUUCUGCCUUAAAAAGUUCGUUUUCUACCUGGGGUUUGCCAUUUAUACUUGAAUAUUUACAUAACUACUAUGUUUGUCGACAUGUCUGCAAAGUAUUAUCGACUUCUACGCAGAACAUCGAGCAGUAUUUUACUGAUGCACGAACAGCUACGAGUUUAUCGCCAGUGAUUAAGGCGUACACAGCACCGCUAGAAUUUUACAAGGUUGUGAAUCAGCAUUGCAUUAAAGUACUUCCUGACUUGUUGCAGGCUAACGGUAAGCCUGCUAAUACGUUAGCAACCAGUAUUUUCUAUUUAAUUGCUUCAUUCAAUUAUGAUCCAACACUUCGACCAAACGACGCUUAUACUGGCCUUGUUUAUCGAGGGUUAAAAAUGACCUUAGAUUAUAUUCAAACGUACAAAAAAGGUGAACUCGUCGUCAAUCGACCAUUUAUUUCAACAUCGAAAAGAAUCAAUGUUGCCAAUAUGUUUGCAGGUGUUGGAGAAUAUGGACAUUUUCGAAGAAUGAAAUUCUCCAACAAUCUUCUGCAAGUUUCGGUUCGAUUCACCUACAGAAUCAAUCGUAUUGAGACACGCGCGAUCGACAUCGCCAAUAUAUCCAUAAUUCAUGCCGAAGAAGAAGUACUUCUUAUGCCGUUAAGCAUAUUUCGAAUUCUUGAUAUUACAUUCGAUGAGAAUCAAUCAUUGUGGGAUAUCGAGCUUGAAGAUUGUGACUUGCCAUCCGAAAACGAUCCAACAGCACCCAUCAUUCAUUGUGAUUUUUAUGAAAGACCCAAUGCACAGGUAAAAGCUCUGAAAUAA